CCGGUUCCAACAGAAGAAUCAUCGUCGACCUUUGGUUCGGCUGCUCGGCUUAGCUUUUUCCAAAUUUAAAUUGAAAAGUUUGAGAAAAUGGGCAUUGUUGAGUUGGAUAGCUUCAUCCGUAAGAACGUUCCCAACGGAUUCAUUCCAGUGGACAUCCAAGAGGAAAUUCGCAAAGCUUCAGGUCCCCCCGUAAUCGUCAUCGAUUUGAUUUCGCUGUGCGUUCCGAUCAGCGAGCAGGACAUCAAAGGUCUGUUUUGCGGUGGCAGGUUCAACGUGGCGUAUUCCACGAUCGAUGCUUUCUUCGGGAAGCUGGUAAGCCUGGGUGCCAAGCUGGUGUUUUUCUACGAUGGUCCGAUGGAUAGCAGCAAAUACAAAAAGUGGCUAAGGCUACAGGACGAAAUAUACCAAAAGCAUCUCCGUCUCAUCGAUUCCGUAGACCAGGACAAAGAUAUCGAUUAUUUGAUGCGUCACCACAAGGCACCACAUAAUUUUCUUUAUCCGCUAAAGUAUCUGGCUCUGAAGCAUGGCACCGUAGUGCUGCCGAUGGCUCACGAGUGCCAUCAAGAGUUGGCUUCGUAUGCCUCGAAGGUGGGAGCGCUGGCGGUUAUUGCAUCGGACACGGAUUUUCUGAUCUACGAAGGCGACUGGCAUCUGUGGUCCUCCAAUGAUACUGAUAUUACGCACCUGAAGACCAAGGAGCUCAACCGGAAGGCGUUGGUAUCGCACCUGGGUCUCGACUUCAAGCAGAUGCCACUCUUCGGAACGCUUGCCGGAAACAGCAUCAUCGAGCUCAAGAGGUUAAAAAAAUUCCUGAACAGCUUGGGAACUAAUGAGGAGAAAUUUCUCAGGUUGGCCGAGUUCGUGCAAGAGCAGUCUGUUCCGCCAGAAGGUAAUGGUGGUUAUAGCAUCUUGAAGCGGGUAUUUGGCUACAAGGAGCACAAUAAAAAACUUUCAAAUCGUCAAAAGCGAAGUCGAUUUGAGAAAUGUUUGCAGUUCUAUCAAACGAACUGUGUAACUCCAAAUUUGAAUCCGAAACGCACUGCCGUUCAAGCUUUUCUGCUGAGUCAAGUUACUCCGCUGUUCUAUCAGAUCUGGCAAGGACAGUCAAUUGAUGUUUCUCUCGGGUUUAUUGACAUGCGUGGCAAAGACUUUGGCCCCAAACACAACCAACUACUGGUGACACUUAUUUUGCGUAUGGCCGGAAUCAUCCGGUAUGAGCGUCGUGGAAAGCGUGGCAACUCCACAUGUCAAUUCCUCACCAAACUAAAAGAUGGUAAAAAACACAAGGAACACUAUCUGCAGGUUCAAUUUCCGAAAAAUAUUCAGCCUCCGCCACUGGAUAAAUUGAUGUCCCUGGAGCCGGAUAUCCACGAAAGAUAUGUGAUCACCAAGUACCAGCUGUGCGGCUGGCUAGUCUCAGAUAAGUUGGAACCACUUGCGUUGAAGUGGAUCCCGGACAAGUUUCUGGUAACCGUACUGACUCUAUGCUACCUCGUGGACAUGCAGGUGAUCAAGGUGUUCGAAGCGGAUCUGUUUCUGAAAAUGGCGUAUGACGUGGUUUACAACACGUACGACAUGCACGGCGUCACCUAUCCUCAACGUCUGGAGGGUCGCCCGUUCCGAUUGGCGUUUCUCUAUCCGAGGGUGUACGUCCUGGUGGCCAGUGCGGUACGGCUCGUCGGAUUGCACGGUAAGGACUUUCGAGAUGAUCCAAUCUUCGAUGGCGUUCUAUUCCACAAUCGGUACGAAAGUUGGCGCGAGCAGCAGAAAACGAUUGAACUGGAACCGAUCAAGGAGUGGCGGCUCUACGACUUCGAGACGGUCUAAUAAGUGUACUCGUGGUACUCUUUGGGUUGGUACUUGUUAAACUUUUAUUUUGUUCGAUUUUUACGCCACAUCCGUUGAAUUCGAGUGGUCGAGCCUAUCUAUAAUGCACUGUAUUUUGAAGCCAUUUAUUUUAAGGGGAUUCAGUGUUUUGUCAAUAUCACGAUGGUCUGCAGCGCGUAAGGUUAUUGAGUGAAUUUUGUACCUUGUUUAUUUUUGAAUAAAUGUAUAUUGACUAACCACUAGAAACGGGCACGAAAUCUUCACUAGUGACGGUCACCACCGACAAACCGACAUGACACUUAAUGCUGACUUAUGCUCGAAAAUCGUAAACGGCUGAUUUAAACGUGUAGUGAUCCGAACUGUCAAAUCCAUAGGAUUUUGGAUCUAGAUAAAAAUAAUUUGUCCAGAAUAGAUCGGACACGAACCAAUUCAUAUUUUUUGCAUGGGGGUUCAUGGAUUAGCCAAAUAUUUCCCGCGAACACGGAGCCAG